AUGACUCUUUCGAUUGCAACUCUCCUGUUGCUCUUCAUGGUGGCUGCCUUUGCAGCAGAUCCUUCUUUGAAUAAGCCGGCAGGCAUCGAGGACUUUCCGGACUUUGACGAUACUCCGGAUUCCGACGUUGUUACAGUAGCAGAGGCUUCAAGUGGAUCCAGAGGAUUAACGGAAGCCACAAUUAUAACUGGAACCACUAUUUCUUCAGACAUUACCACAAAUGUUCCCAAAACUGCUUCCUCAGCCGGAUCAUUAAAUGUUAGCACAUCUCAUUCCGCACAAGAUUCCUCAACUGUGCGAACCACAAAAGGUUCUGCAACGAAUGAUUCUACAACAAUUGCUCUCACCACAGUUUCAACAACCACAACUUCUACAACAGCUGUGUCUACCACGGUUUCUACAACCUUACCAACAGAGUCCACAACAUCUUCUUCAGCCACAACCGAUUCUAUAACAAGUGAUUCCAGUACAGUUGAAUCUACAUCAUCUGUUUCCACCACAGAUUCUCCAACAACAGUUCAAUCUUCAACGUCUACCACGACAGAUUCCUCUACACUUUCUUCAACUACAACUGAUUCCACAACAAAUAAAUCUACAACUACCGUUUCCACCACAGAUUCAACAUCUGAUUCCACAACAGAUAACGUUACAACACCUGUUUCCACCACAGAUUCAAUAACUAUCUCAACCACUGAACAGCAAACCGAAGAAGAAAUCUUGUUCACCCUCCUGGCUGAAAAUUUCGGUGCCCUAAUCGAGUCCGAUUCUUUGCUCAAUGCCAUCAACACUUUAAACUGGAACAUAAGCACAGACCUUGAUAAUCAGUCUGAGUCUUUUUCCCUCAUAGAAAAUACCGAAGAGCUCCUGCAAAACACGUCGCAAGCGAUUCUAUCUUGGGAAGUCGAUCUUCUUCAAGGAGUCGUCAAUUCCAUUCAAAAGAUAGACUUAUUUGCCAACCGAUCAAUCGACACCGUAUCUCAAUUGCUAAGAUUUCAAAAGCUGAACCAAGAUCGGGUUAAAAACCUUGGGAAUAAACUUGACGUCACCCAAGGACAAAUCCUGCUCAAAUCGAAGGGAUUGGACAACAAACUGAACUUUGUUAGCCAAAUACUAAAGGGAUACAUCGAGCCAAAAGUAAAUAAUUUAAAAGAAUCGUUUGCUAACUUAAAUACUUCGCAAGUCAAUUCUCUAGUUGAGCUGAAGAACCUUCCAAUAAUUACAAAUCUUACCGAAACUUCUAUUAUUAAGUUAUCAUCCUUGAGUAACCAAUUAGCUGUAUUUAACCAAACUCAAGAAAGUAGUUUGUACUCCCUGGAAACCGCAGUUAAAGACUGGGCCCCCACUAACUUCAACGCAAUCAACGAUCUCAUUCAGGCUCUAAGUAUUUCACAAAAACGUACCGAUUUGGCAUUGGCCAUCUGCGGAUCUUCGGACUAUAAUCCUAAUAGCUAUUCUAGUGAUUUGGAUAACUACAAUAAUUACAACGUCGGUAUCGGCUCAGAACCUAUUACUCAUCAGAUUUCAAGUGACGAGGAUAAGACAUUACCAAUAAACUAA